AAUUAAAUUUGUGGAUUUUUUUGUUGGAAUUGUUUUCAUGACGUGGGAAAUCUGUGGGAGAAAUGAAGCCAAUCUAUGGGAAUUUGGCAAUUUUGAAGUGGCAACCCUGUAAAGGCCUGUGAUAAUCCCGUCACCUGUGAGGCUGUGACAUCAAGAUCUAAAACCCGCGCUCCAAGGACACCCUCAAGUGCACUCAAACCUUCCUGCAGAAGUCGGGGCAACUCGACAGGAUCUAACUCCCGCCCUGGUGACAGGACGGCCAACACAAUCAACGACUCCUGAUAACAACUACCACUGACGGGGCUCUAGAGGCUGUGGGCCCACAGCCUAACUAGCCCCAUAAAACACCCACGAAGAAGAAGAAGAAGAAGAAGAAGACAGCCUUUGUUCCAGCUGCAGCUGCAGCAGCUGGAAAGUUCCCACGUGUGAGUCUGUGGCCUCCAGAUAGUGAUCCGUGCAUCCCUAGAGAAGACUACCGCGCCCGCCACCACCCCACAGAACACCACCGCGCCGAGGAAGGUCCAUCACAUCCCUUGACCACCAGCGACAUGGAGGCUUCACGGAGAAGGGGCGACAACCCCGAGGACUGUCCCAUAUGCCUGGCAGACUUUAAUGACGUGAUGCAGCGGCCGCGUACUCUGCCCUGUGGCCACUCCUUCUGCACACCGUGCAUAGAUAAGCUGAAGGAGCUGGGUUAUGUUACCUGCCCAGAAUGCCGCGACUGCCAUGUUGUGCCUGAGGGCGGAGAAUUCCCUGUCUCCUAUAUUGCUGAGGCCCUCAUGAGAGCGAUGAGAGAUGCCAAGGUUGCUGCACUUGCCUCACUGCCACCCAGUACCAGGAAAAGGAAAAGAGCAGCAAGGCCAGCUGGCAAAAACAAAGUGGCACGUCUCUCCAAGAAAAUGUGUUCCUUUCUGGAGGAACAGGAGGCCACAGUUAUGGACGCCAUUGCUGCCUGCCAGGAGGUUGAGUCGCAGUUGGACCAGUACCGGACGACCUUGACAGACUGGAGCGAGCAGCAGCAGCAGCUGAAGGACAGGCUCCAGGGACUGAUGGAGCAGAACGGAAGUGCCAAGGAGAUUGUGGAGCUGGAAAAGUCCCGCGUGGCAGCCAAGGAGAGGGAGGUGAAGAAGGGGAAGAAGGAGCUGCAGGCCGUGCUGGAGACAUACGCCCCAGCAACAGAUCAAGAAGCAGGCAUGGCAGUGACCGAAAUGGUGCGUUGCCUUGGUGAGGCAGAGCAGGUGGUGGAGGAGUGCCGAGAGGGUUUCCCUGAUGCCAGUGCUGUCACCAAUGUCUGGAAGGUGAGAGUGGCAUCUAGUGCAGCCAUAGAGGCUGCCCAGGCUGUCCUUUUGGCCCUGGAAACUGCUACUAAAGAAGAGCCGCACCCCCAGCCACACCCAGACGAGCCCAGUGCCCAGUCAGACCCAGAAGAGGCCAGGGCCCAGUCAGACCCAGAAGAGACCAUGCCGCAGUCAGACCCAGAAGAGGCCAGGCCCCAGUCAGACCCAGAAGAGGCCAGGGCCCAGUCAGACCCAGAAGAGGCCAGGGCCCAGUCAGACCCGGAAGAGGCCAGGCCCCAGUCAGACCCAGAAGAGGCCAGGCCCCAGUCAGACCCAGAAGAGGCCAGGGCCCAGUCGGACCCAGAAGCGACCAGUGCCCAGUCAGACCCAGAAGAGGCCAGGGCCCAGUCAGACCCAGAAGCGACCAGUGCCCAGUCAGACCCAGAAGAGGCCAGGGCCCAGUCAGACCCAGAAGCGACCAGUGCCCAGUCAGACCCAGAAGAGGCCAGGGCCCAGUCAGACCCAGAAGCGACCAGUGCCCAGUCAGACCCAGAAGCAACCAGUGCCCAGUCAGACCCAGAAGCAACCAGUGCCCAGUCAGACCCAGAAGAGGCCAGGGCCCAGUCAGACCCAGAAGUGACCAGUGCCCAGUCAGACCCAGAAGAGGCCAGGGCCCAGUCAGACCCAGAAGCGACCAGUGCCCAGUCAGACCCAGAAGCGACGAGUGCCCAGUCAGACCCAGAAGAGGCCACCAGGGCCCUGUUAAACCCAGAAGCGACCAGUGCCCAGUCAGACCCAGAAGAGGCCAGGGCCCAGCCAGACCCAGAAGAGGCCAGGGCCCAGUCAGACCCAGAAGAGGCCAGGGCCCAGUCAGACCCAGAAGAGGCUAGGGCCCAGUCAGACCCAGAAGAGGCCAGGGCCCAGUCAGACCCAGAAGAGGCCAGGGCCCAGUCAGACCCAGAAGAGGCCAGGGCCCAGUCAGACCCAGAAGAGGCCAGGGCCCAGUCAGACCCAGAAGAGGCCAGGGCCCAGUUGGACCCAGAAGCGACCAGUGCCCAGUCAGACCCAGAAGAGGCCAGGGCCCAGUCAGACCCAGAAGCGACCAGUGCCCAGUCAGACCCAGAAGAGGCCAGGGCCCAGUCAGACCCAGAAGAAGCCAGGGCCCAGUCAGACCCAGAAAAGGCCCUUACUCAAUCAGACCUAGAAGAGGCCUCGGCCCUGUCAGACUCAGAGGAGGUCAACCCAGAUUCCACUAUCAUGGACAGACUGCAGCUCAUCUUGACCCUGAGCCUGAAGGCCAAGGACCUCCGCAGCCUGACACAGCCCACCAGGAGCCUGCUGCAGGCUGGUUUGGUGUUUGCUGUCCACCAGCUGGAAGGUCAGCGCCGAUAUGCAAGAAUAAGCCUUGAAGCCGGCCGGCUGUACCUCCACGCCCUGAAGGAGCAACCCCUGCCCCUGGGCGCAUCAACCCUGCAGGUGAGUGAGGUCGUGCCGUCCUACCCCCCCUGCACUGUGUUCCUGGACCUGUCCAUGCCGGGCAGCGUAACACGGCGGGUCCAAAUCCGUCUGAACCCCAACACCGCGCUGGGCAGAUGUGUUCUGUUGCUGUGCACGGGGCAGUGUGGCCACUCCUACCGCAACACCUGCUUGCUAGGGGGGGUGAGGAAGGGGGGGCCAGGAGAGUGUGUGAUUGCCGGGGGCUAUAAGAAAAAUGAUGGGAUGGGCUCAUCCAUGCAUCUGCCAGACCAGAAUUAUGGUGAGUACCGGAGGUCAGGUCAGCCGGGGGAUGUGAGUGGGAUGAGGGUGCAAGACGAUACCCGAAUGAGAGGUUUGUUUGCCAUCUUCACAAAGAUAGGCCGUGUGUCGCCUUGUGUCUUUGGUGAGGUGGUGGAAGGACUGCCCGUGCUGAUUGAGGCAGCCCAGCUUGGCAACAUUAAGGAGGUGACUGUGGUGGACUGUGGUGUGGUGUUGUGAGGGUAAU